AAUCGUUAGCCGCCGCAAAAUUGGAUUUUACUCCGACCAAUGAAAACGUGUUUUACGUUUCUGUAACCUCCCACUGAAAUUGUGAUAACACUGUUGUGAGUGUUGUGUGUUAUUUUUGUAAGUUUCAAUUUUCAAUUUUAGAAUUGCGAAAAAAAGGAGAGUGAAAUAAAAUAUGCACUCGUUGAAUAUCGUCCAUAACAGAUUCACGAACUCCUUCGAUGAAUAUUAUUUAGUUAACUAUCAACAUUUUCUGAGCUAAUUUACUUAUUUUGUUUUUACACAGUAGUGAGUAGACUGAUUUCCUGGUCUAGAAAGGAGAAUACGUAUUAUUAAUUAGAAAUUUUGAGAACUAUUUACUUCUGAAAAACUAAGUACUCGUAUCUACUACUUUAGAUGAGGAGAAAAAACAAAAUGAAAUAAGUAAUGAGAAGAAAAAUAAUAAGAGAGUGAGAAUACAUAUCAUUUUUUAGCAUACACUCUUCGGCAUUUUGAAAAGUCAAUUCAUUCUUUCUAAUCUAAUCGAUUUCUAGAUCAGAGUGAUCAACUGAUCAUUCGUAUUUGUAUAAUGUACCUCGAUCAAAAUUUAUUCUUUUCAGAUUGAAGAAUUAAGUAGGUACCUAUAUCGUGAAAAUUUUUGCAAUGAGUUGCAAUAUCGCGAGCAAGAUUUGCAUACAGUUAUUAUAAGAAAUGAAAUGACAUGAUUGCAUAGGUACUGCAUAGAAAAAUUACUCAUUAGUCAUUUGUAAUGAAUAAUAAUUGAAACAAUUAAUAAAUUAAUAUCACAGGAAAUAGCGAAAUUAGACAGUAUGAAUCCAUUUUCAAGUAAAAAUUGUAAGUCUGUUAACAUGAUUAUCCUUAUGUGUGUGGGAAUGCGUUUUCAUUGGUCGGAGUAAAAUCCAAUUUUGCGGCGGCUAACGAUUAGUUUUUUACACUAGUGUAGCUUGGUGUAUUACACUGGAGUAGGUGGUGUACUCCACUCAUGCACCACUCACACCAGUGUAUGAGGUGGUGUAACAUUUAUUUGGUGAUGUUUUUUUCAUCCCAUUUUUGUUAUCAUCAUCACUUCCGAUAGUUCGUAAAUAGAAUGAAAUAAGCUUUUUUACAAUUUCACUCUCCAUUUACAACUUUUCUUCAAUAAAUUAAUUCACAUUUGAACGCAAACGCAAACAAUUAUCAUCAACAAUCAAUUCAAUUUCAGUGUGCAUGGUGUACACCAUCUACUCCUCCUCCAGAGCAGGAGUAGAUGGUGUAUGCACCAACUACACCAAUGCAUUACACCAGAGUACACCCGACUGAAUAGAACACAAACUUGCCUGCACUAGUGUAAAAAAAAAAUGAAAAGAACAAAAAUCCUACACUUUCUACACCAGUGUACACUAGUGCAGUAAAUUUGUGCGAAAAGAACAAAGCUUACGACAAUGAGUUCUUAUCAAAAAUUCAAAAUCGUGGUAUCGAUUUUUUUGCUUUUCACUUUUCUGUAAAAAAAUUCAAUCCAGCAGUUGAUGCAUUUUUCAUUUUUAAUAAUGCAAUGGAAACCAUACCUCAGUAAGACCAGAUCAAUCAUCCCUCGCUCGACCCUGUUAUCAAUUUAUUCGGAUUGAGCGUUUCAGUUUAUACCAUAAGCCAUAAGAAAUCUGCUUAAUGGGUGCUGGUUUAUCUGACCAAGAUUAUUUUCGUCAUCAGGAUCGUACUUCAAGUCAACGUUGGCACCAGCACCAAGCACUUACAGCGAGUCCCAUGGCACCUAUCGAUGUAUCAGAUUUACGAGAAACAGCCGCUGUCAAUAUUGCUAUCGCUUUGUGGAACCAUGUCAACAUUCCAGUUGCAUUAUUCGAAGCAAGUCCCAACACCCUAGCAGCGUACUACGAGGUACAAGAUGCAGGAGUUGAUUUAGCUACGUUUAAAUGGGAUCGUGUCAUUUCCAAAGUAUGUAAAUUGGCCGAUAAAUUACCAAUUCCUAAUUCUGUAGCGAAAUAUAUCGAAAAAGUAAUCGGUACAAUGGGUGAUCGUGUAGACGAAUGGGUUUCCUAUCACAAUCGAACUGUGUUUUUCGAAGCUGACAAAGCUGAUCAUUUAUAUUACCACGUACCGUACUUCGCUUGGUAUUCUGAUGGAACAAUUGAUAACGAACAAACUGCUCGAAAUUUAUUAUCGUCUCUCAGAUUGAGCUUCGUUGAAAAAUACAAACUGCUGUGUACUUAUUGCCUAAAAGACGAAAUGGAAGAGAUGAUACCGCAGUUGUUGUCGAAUAACGUGCGAGAAGUAGUGGCAUUUACUUCGUAUCCGUUGAUUUAUUAUUGGGAUCGCUAUUUUCGAAACCAACUUAGCACUAUUCCAGUCCCUAGAAACACAUCUAUCGAUAGUUUCAUGUUUCGUCAUACAGCUGUUGAUAAUUGGCCGGCUAAGAAAUACUUUUUUAAUCGUUUGAGUUCCGAAGAGAAAAUACAAAAUGCUAUUCAAUUGAUCGAUACUCGAGGUGUAGAAUAUCAGCGAUUGAUGUUUACACAAUUGAGCGAAUUCGAACGAAUGCAAGUGUAUAUGCAGAGAGCAGAGAAAAUCGUAACGAAUUAUAUGAGUGCAGUCUCAGACUGUAGGCACAUUCUAUCGGCGUGGUUCGAGAUGCGUUUUUUGAUUUCCGCCGAACAAUUUUCGUCGCUGUUUCACACUUUGUUGAAAUCGUAUCAUCCUCCGAUCCCUCCGCACUUGCUUCACUUGGUGUUUGCUAAGCGUAUGUCUGUUCAUAAUGAAAACCUUCAACGUGUUCUUAAAGAAAUAUGGAUAAGCGCUGGCGAUGAUUUUAGAAAUCACCUCAUCGGAUACAACGAUUACGAGAUCAUCAGUAGAAUGUUCCAACUUCGUAUGAAAAAUACCGAUAUUAAUGAUCUUCUGUUUACAAUACUGUCGAACGUAAGCCCUUACCAUAAAAAGAAGAUUAUUAAUCUACCGUUCUUCGAUUCGUAUUGCGAUAGAUUACUCUCCGGCGAGGAUGUUCAAGAGUUUAAUCGUUUAUUGAACGUGUUUCUUCCUGCCGCUGUCGACCAAAAUUCAGUCCAGUUCAAAGAAGAUGUUGUUCUUCGUUCGGCGUAUGUUAGAAGCCAGUGCUUAAUAUUUUAUUCAACGGGUCGCGUGGAUCAUGUGAAUAAAUGGCUGACUAAACUGUUGCCGACGACGCACUCAGCUGUUUUACUCGAGUUCAAAAAAAAUCUACUCUUGUCAUCCGAAGGUAUCAACGAAUGCGUUGAUAAUGGUAUUUUAAAUCUCAACAAAUGUAAACUGAACGCUGUUAUGGUAGAUCUAGAUAGUUUUCUGAGUAAAGACCUGAUCGCCGAAUUCAAAAGAAAACUAGUUUUUUCAUCUUCAGCUAUCAAAGUGUUUCGAGGAUGGGUGAUUAAUAACAAGAUUGCUGAUGUGAAAUAUUUCAUCGAAAAUUGCUUGGUAUCUGACGAAGAUAAAAAAGUGUUGAAGAGACGACUUCUAACUGUUGAUGAUUAUACUUCUUGUACGGUUACCCUGUUCUCCAGGUGCAACCGCGAAUGGAUACAGAAUUUUUUCGAAUGGUGCUUAGAAGACGAUAAUGGUGCGCGAGAAUUCAAAUCGACGUUACCUGUAGAUGACAUAUUUAACGAACUAUUGAAACGAGCUAUUUUUUCGAAUUACGAUCGUCGAUUAUCGAAAUGCAGAUUCCAACCACCUGGGUCAUUUGAUACUGAAAUCGAACCGCUGAAUCAUUUUCUGAAUUGGUAUUUCAAUUCGUACGAUGAAGUAAAAAAGUACAAAUUACGGAGGAUUAAUUCUUACAGAAGUGAAAAUGAACGCGGCGUAAUCAAAACUCUGUUGAGAAAAAAAGACCAUUAUUAUUUUCGAAUCACGUUGGCGUGGUUUCUUGACAACGACCGAAAAUAAAAAUAGAAAUUCAGAAGUAUCCAAAACUGUUGAAUUAGAUACCUAAGACUACAGACUGAUUAUUAUUCAGUUAUUGUGAUUAAUCAGUUAGUAUUAUGUUUUGAUGUGAACUCGUUUAUUUUUCUUCUGUUUGUAUUUCAUAAUUGGUUAAGUACAUAGUACAUUAAGUAAGUACAUAUAAGUGAUUUUUGAAGACUCGUUCUCCUAUUCUUACUAAUUAAUGUAGGUAAGUGUUUUCAAACCUACUUAUUUAUUGGUGCUUGGAGAAUAAUUUUUACAUUUUCAUUGUAUUACCUUAUUUUUGAGAAACACCCUAUGAUUUCUGUUAUUGAAAACCUAUAUUUUGUUAAGCCAUUUUUCCGGUGACUGUUUUGUAUUCGCAUUAGUUCUGAAUAUUUUUGAAAAUGUAAUGAAAAAUAUGAAACAAUA